AUGAGUUUCGGGAGAAAAGAGUACGAGUUUCUGAAGGAGAUCGGGCUCGGGCCGAGGAAUUUAGGUUGCUAUGUUAAUGGGGUUUGGCAAGGGAAUGGGCCGGUGGUAACUUCAGUUAAUCCAGCUGAUAAUCAGCCGAUUGCUGAAGUUUCAGAAGCAUCUCUUGAAGACUAUGAGGAGGGCAUGCAAGCAUGUGAUCAAGCCACCAAGAUAUGGAUGCAGAUUCCAGCACCAAAGAGAGGUGAAAUUGUGAGGCAGAUUGGCGAUGCACUCCGAGUUAAACUCCAUCAUCUUGGUCGGCUCGUUUCUCUAGAAAUGGGGAAAAUACUUGCUGAAGGAAUAGGAGAGGUUCAGGAAAUAAUUGAUAUGUGUGAUUUCGCUGUGGGAUUAAGUCGUCAGCUAAAUGGAUCAGUUAUACCUUCUGAACGACCAAACCACAUGAUGUUGGAGACAUGGAAUCCCUUAGGGAUAGUUGGUGUAAUUACGGCGUUCAAUUUUCCAUGUGCUGUACUAGGAUGGAAUGCAUGCAUCGCUCUAGUUUGUGGAAAUUCUGUAGUCUGGAAGGGUGCUCCAACCACACCUCUGAUUACCAUAGCUAUGACAAAGAUUAUUGCGGGAGUAUUGGAAAGAAACAAUUUACCAGGUGCAAUUUUCACAUCAUUUUGUGGGGGGGCUGAAAUUGGUCAAGCUAUAGCUAAAGAUCCUCGCAUUCCUUUAGUUUCCUUCACUGGGAGCUCAAAGGUAACACUGUUUACUGCCAUUUUCAUGUUCAUACUCAGCUUUCGUGAGAAGGAUUACAAAAACCAUUAUCUUUUUCAUCACAGAUAUUUUUAUUCUCAUUUAAAUUAA